CUACAAUCGCGGAAAGGGCACAAGAGUCUCUCAUUUAGUGACCCUCACGACUACACCACAGCAAGGCAAGCUACGUGAUCAAGAACAGCAGCAACAUGACGAUCACCGAGCCUAUCAUCGCCACCGAGGCGCUUGUCCUUCACGAGCUCCACGGGCCCCUCGUCUGGGAGACACUGCACAUCUACGACCUUCAACCCAACGAGAUCGUAGUUGACAUUCAAGCCACGGGCAUCUGCCACACCGACCUAAUGUUCAUGGACGGCGAAAUCCCCAGCCGACAGCCCGGGGUCUUCGGCCACGAAGGCGCAGGAAUCGUCCGUCAAACGGGCGAGAACGUUACCCAUAUCCGUAUCGGCGAUAAAGUCCUCCUGUCUUUUGACUUCUGCGAGCGCUGCGACAACUGCGUCGCCAGACAUCCUGCCUACUGCGACGCAUGGAGACUCCUGAAUAGCUCGGGCCAUCGGGAAGACGGCACCUCUGCUCUGCGGACGGUGACAGGAGAGGGGGUAUGGUCUAAUUUCUUCGGGCAGUCGUGCUUUAGCAGGGUGGCGGUCGUCGGAGCGCGGUGUGCGAUCCCGGUGCCGGCAGAAACAGAUCUCACGAUGCUGGCGCCGUUGGGGUGUGGUAUACAGACGGGCGCGGGAGCUGUGCUGAACGUGCUGAAAACUCAGCCGGGGCAGAGUGUCGCGGUGUUUGGAACGGGGGCAGUGGGGUUGGCGGCGGUGAUGGCGGCGAGAAUUGCGGGCGCAGAACCUAUCAUUGCGGUCGAUGUGCAGGAGAGUCGGUUGCAGAUGGCCGCAGAGUUAGGGGCCACUCAUACGAUCAAUGCGAAGAAGCAGGAAGUCGUUCUCGCGAUUCAGGCGUUGACCGGGGGUAAGAGCGUGCAGUUGGCGGUCGAGUGCUCCGGAGUGCCUGCCGUGGUGUCGGAUAUGCUUGCUUCGCUGUGUGCCCGGGGGCGCGCGGUCUCGGUGGGCAUGACAAGCGUAGCUGAUAAUGUGCAGAUCAAUCUCUUUGCUCACCUGAUGGGUGGGAAGGAGUACAUUGGGUGUGUUGAAGGCGAUGUGUAUCCGCCCGAGUUUGUGCCAUGGCUAGCGGAUCAGUAUUCUCGAGGGAAGUUUCCCGUCGAUAAGCUGAUCAAAGUAUACAAGGUCCGGGAUUAUGAGCAGGCGUUUGCGGAUGUCCACGACGGGAAAGUUAUCAAAGCUGUGCUGGAUUGGACAGAGUAGGCCAUGUUUCAGAUAAUCUCACUUCGUAUAGCUCGGCGUGGAGCAAUCGUCGCCUCGUAUAAAGUGGGGUGUAAUUAUAGCUUCGUAUAGUUC